CCCACGAAAUCUUCAGUCACCUCUCCCAUGAAAACACAGAAGAAGAAUCUUACACCCAACUUCUCAUUAUAAAGAGCUUAUUUCUAUGCUACUCCCAGCCCCAGAACCAUAGCGCACACGCUUUCCUUGGCUCCCUCCUUUGCUCCUUAUGUCUUGCCUGAGCCUGGGGCUCCCGCCUCCCAAGAAGGCGUGGAAGAUCCUCACCUCCAAGCUCCAGAGGAAGCUCCCCAAGCUCCACAGGCCGAGACCUGUCUACAAAUUGCCCAAAGCUGAACUCCUCGCCGCCGCUUCUUCGGGAGCCGACGAGCCCGUCUUUGUUGUGAAGCAGCCCCGUCGACAGAACAGGCAGAGGCCUCAGCGCGUCCAGGCGUCGAGCAUUUUCAACGUCCGGCGCCGCGUCUUCAAGAGGCAGCAGGCGCAUGUUUUUGUCGAUAAGCUCUUCAAGGAGCCUCUGGAAGGGAUCUUAGAGCAUCAUUGCCUGGACACUCUUUCUGUGAAGUAUAUGCCGAGUCCCAAGAGCAAUAUCGCUACUAUUGAUCGUUCUGCUCCUGAGGCAGGAAAGAACGACGAGGAUCACGACGGAAGCGAUGCAAAGACAUGCGAAGCGGACGAUAUGUGGGAGUCGGUAGGGCUGGCAUCGCCGCUGACUCACAGGAUCGACGAGAGAGCCGAGGAGUUCAUCUCCAAGUUCCGAGCCGAAAUGGAGCGUCAGGAGAUGGUGGCGCGGAGUUUGUAGUGGAUAACUUCAUAUAUAUUUCUCCUUUUUCUCUUCUAUUUUUUGUUUCCUCCCCUUUGGAUUUGUGAUUACUGUCGUCAAACUCAGCCUUCUGUUGUGCAUAUACUUUUGCAUAAUAGAGCCUAGAUUUCCAGUAACACCAUACCAAUCAA